AUGAAACUUUAAAGAAUGAAUUAAUAUAUUCUACUCUUAUACUUAUUUUCUCGCAUUUCUAAAUAUUAAACAAUCUGUGAUGAAUUAUAAAAUUAAAUGAAUUAAAUUAAAUAAUAAUAAUAACACUUUUUGAACAUCUUAAGGUAAUAUUAAGAAAGAUUAGUUGAAUUGACAAAUAAAAAUGAAAGUAAAACUCACUUGAUCAUAGAAUUACUUAAUAAGGAAGAAUAAUUGCAAUUAUAGAUAAGAUAGAUGCAGAUAACAAUAGAUAGAUUAACAGAAGAAAAUAAUCAAUUAAAGUCAGAUAUGUUACCUUAUGGCUCUAUUAGUGAAGUUAAAUAAUUAGUUGAAUAAUUUAAAUAAAUACAUGCUGAAUUAUCUCAGUGA